AUGGGCCAAAAUGCUGGCAGCUGCUGUGCAGAAGCGUGCUGUGAGGAUGCCGAGAAAAAUGCUUUUGGCCGAGGAGUACCCCCGCCAGUUUACUUUGCAGAGGAUUUGCCUGAAGCUGUCCAAACCACUGACCGCUACGUACAUUCUUCCUUCACUGAGGAAAACUCCCAACACGGGCCGCAGUGCAUGGAAGUGUCAGGACUAGCUUCUGUGGCUGCAACCAGUCCCAGCAGAAGCCCACCUUUACGCGAGGACGCGUUCAGAAGAACCUCGACUCCCUACACAUUUACGGCCAGGCAGGACAGAUUGGAACAAGAGGCGCAGCUGUACGUUGACACUGAAAUCGCGCGCUCCAUAUCUCUGGUGUCCACACUGCAGGGAUUUGGAUGGCUUUGGCGUGUUCGUCCUGAGCGGAUGAGUCACGUGCAGCUGGACGCUUUGUGGAAGACGUCUACUCAAGCAGAUGCUUACGAUGUCUUCCUAUCGCACACAUGGGCAACACCCGGGCAUCUAAAGUAUUUGUCCCUGCUGCUCAGUUCAUGUUGGCAUCAGGUGUUCCUGGCUUGGGCGUUGGCCGCCGUGCUGGUCAUGGCACUUUACGUUUUAAAUCUGUUGCCUCUUCCGCUGAGAGUACCUCGGAACGAAAACUUAGUUUUCGAGAUUGCCGCCUAUCGUCGAGCCAACCCAAAUGGGGAAUUGAAAGUGCAGCCAAUGUUCGUGGAGCGAAACAUCCUGCUUGCCUGGAUCUGUAUGUUCUUAUGCUUGGGUGUAUUCAUGUUUGUGAGGUUGCCAGGCAUACAUUGGCGAGGUGCUGUUGGCUUCUUCGUAUUUUUUCCUGGGAUUCACGUCAUCAGGAAGGGGUACCAGCAGCAAGAGCAGAUGUUCAGAGAUCUCGCAGAGUUCGAUCUGAACUCUGUGUCCUGUUCGAAUGAAUUUGACCGGCAGUUUAUCCUUUCAGCUGUGUGCCGAUGGUAUGGUAGCCUCCAGGGUUUCACUGACUAUGUGCGCGGGCCUCUGAAGGAGGAGCUGACAGAAGCUGUUGUCCUUGCGCGCAUGCCGCUUCAGUAUUGUAUCCUUUCAAUCAGCCCGCUCGCCGGAUUCCAGUUGGACUACAUUGCGUCGUUCUUGAGCAUAGCGUCUCCUGAUAUCAUCGCGCGUGUGAUUCUGACGCAGGUGCUGGCAGUGAAUACCACGGUUGUGCUUGCCACGUACUUUCUGUUCUGGUUAUGCCAGCGCUUUGCAACACCUCGCUUUUCAAGCUGUGCAAUGGAUUACGUGCAGACAGCGCUGAUACUAU